UGCACUUCCUCUUUAGUGGUCAGUUCAAAAACACAUUGCUUGUCAAAACAAAAGUGAAAGUGCUAUACUGACAGGGAGGAGUCGAGUGUGAGCCAGCUAUGCCAGAGACAUUACAAAGACAAUAUCAAUCUAUUCAAGACAUGGACCAGGCAGCUGUGUCGUGGAAAAAGUUCUUUGUCAUCUUGGUGGGGAAAACUAAUGGGGCUCAUCUAAGCUUUGUUGCAAAGCUAAAAGGCGCUGGGCAAACUGAGGUCUCCUCUCCUGAAGUGAGCGACUAUGUUCUGGUUUUCUGUCCUAUCACUUCACGAGUUGGAACAGACAUCAGCGAGACCCUGGACAACUUUCCAGUUGGUAAACCAGCAAUUCUGGUGGUGAUGCAUCACACCUUCAAUUCUGACCAUGUUGUAGCUGAAAGCAGAAGACUGGUGAACAACCCGAACGUCCACCUCACUGUGGACUGUCUGUUCUAUGAGGGCAGACUCUUGAAGUGUAACCGCAAUGAUAUUGCAUUGUUUGACAUCAAGAAGUUUCUUGGAGUUUCUGCUUCCCAGGUCUCUAAAUGGCAAACCUGCUACGAUUGGUUGAGGAACCAUCCUGUUGCUUGUGUAGGGGUGGUCACUGUGAUGGUCAUUGCAGCAAUCAAAGUCCCUAUCUGGCAAACCUGCUACGAUUGGUUGAGGAGCCAUCAGAUGCUGCUUGCUUAAGCAGGUUUAAGUGUUAUCAAUGUUACUUCACAACCCCAGUAAUUGUGCUUUUCAGAUACAAGUUUUGUGGCAUGUACAUGUUAAAUGUGUGUGUGUAGAGUCGUGUGUGCUGGAAUCUUAUGAAGUUUUAAAUGAAGACAAAACAUCUCUGUAAAACAAUGAUUGCUGCUGCUUUGUGCUCAUUUAAAUGUCAAAAUUGUAUAUUCCUUCAUGAAGAAUUAAUAAAAAUGAAUGAAUCAAAGUGAUUAUAUCAUAUUUGUUGCAUCGCUGAUAAACAAAUAUGAUGGAUUCCUAUGGAAAAUGAGGAUCUCAGAAAAAAUAAAGAUCAAAGUUUCAGUUCCCA